AUGCUUCGCAUAACGUGUGUCCCGUCGCCUGCUGUUGGCUCCGUUGGUGGCAAUCCAGCAGCAGCAGCAGCAGCAGCAUGUAUCUAUCUGUAA